UUGGUCCAUCAACUUUUUUAUACAAUCUUCAUUUUUCAUUUAAGUUGUUAAGAAAAAAAUAAUUUUAGAAAAAUAUGAUUGUCCAAUGCAAAAAUUUGUGGGAGAGAAACGGUUUCAAGAAGAAAAAGUAAGUAUUUGAUGAAUUUUGAAGAAGAAAACAAUUAUUGAAGGUUAAAAAUUAUGAGGAAAAAAAAGCUAGUGAAAGUUGACAAUGGUGAAAAUCAAGAAAGAAAAAGAUAGGGGAGGGGAUAGAGAGAAAAGGUUAAAGAAGAUGUAGCAAUUUGAAUUUAAGGUGUAUUUUUUAUUAAUUGAUUAAUGUAAUGAGUUUAAGAAAAUAAAAAAAUUAUAAAUUAAUGAUGUGAUGAUUACAUGACUAUGAUAUAACAAGUGGAUGAUAUUUUAUUUUUAGAAUUGUAUUUAAAUGUCAGUAAAAUUAAAUCACUGAAAUAAGUUUUACCCCCAAAUUCUGGAGUAUUUGAUGUAUUUUUUCAAAUAAAAAGCUUACAUGUAGUAAAAAACAUAAUGGCACAUGAUGUUGAGACUAGAGACUUAUCUCCCCUGAACAGCUGGAAUAAAUUCCUUGAAGGAAAAUGGCAGGUUUGAAUGAAGAGUUGAAGUCGUUGUUUUUGUUGAAAGGAUGGAAGUUGUACCAUCUGAAACAGAUGAACUGUGUCUUGUUCACUUGUGGCCUCUCACAUCACACUUUUUUUUUCAGCAAACUACUCCGCCUUUGCUUACUUCUUCCUUCAUUCCCAUCUUCUUAUGCUUCUUCUCUCUUCAAUCACAUCACAAGACCCGCUAUACAUACAUGGAACAUCAUGUUCAAAGGAUUUUCUAAUAAUACUUCACACCCUCAAAACUCCUCCAUUAGUUUAUACAUUCAAAUGCGCCAACAUGGGGUUUUUCCUAAUAAACAUACUUUUCCAUUGCUUCUUAGAGCCAAGAAUGAAAACCCACAUCUCAUUUUCCCACAAAUUUUAAAGUUCGGAUACAUUUCUGACCAAUUUGUGCAGAAUUCUUUGGUUUCUUGUUUUGCCAGCAGUGGGUAUGUCGACCUUGCACGCCAAGUGUUUGAUGAUAUUACGCAUAAGGACGUGCUUUCUUAUACUGCUUUGAUUGAUGGGUAUGCCCGGAAUGCUCUGCCAGUUAGAGCUUUGAAACUUUUCCUGGAGAUGAGACAAGCACAAGUUAAGGUGGAUGAAGUGGCUGUUGUAGCAGCUCUUUCUCCUGCUGGAACGUUAAGAUGUGUUUGGUUUGGCAAGUGUCUUCAUGCUUUCUAUAUCGAGCCAGGGAGGGUUUCUAGGGAUGUUUACAUUGGUAGUGCUCUUGUUGAUAUGUAUUCUAAAUGUGGAUUUUGGGAUGAUGCCAUGAAAGUUUUUGAAGACAUGCCUUACAAGAAUCUUAUUUCUUGGACUGCUAUGAUUGCUGGCUCUCUACACUGCAAUAGAUGUAGGGAAGCACUCUCUGUUUUCGAAGAGAUGCUGUCCAGAAAGGUUGUGCCCAAUCAAGUAACAUUGACAAGCGUCCUCAGUGCAUCUACUAAGCUUGGGGCAUUGGAGCAGGGCAGAUGGAUUGCUAAUUAUAUAAAAGCUCACAACGUAAAAUUUAAUACAGCACUUGCCACUGCUUUGAUAGAUAUGUAUGCAAAGUGUGGGUGCAUUGAAGAGGCACUGUUGGUUUUCGACAAUCUUCCAAAUAAAGAUGUUUAUCUAUGGACUGCUAUGAUACAUGGCCUGGCAACACAUGGUGAUGCUGCAAAGUCCAUGACCUUCUUCUUAGAAAUGUUGAGACAUGGUAUAAGGCCCAAUGAAGUAACCUUCAUUGGUAUUCUCAGUGCGUGUUCUCAUGGAGGACUUGUGGAUGAAGGACGCCAGUUGUUCUCAUUAAUGGACCAAGUUUACGGUUUAAAACCUAAUUUAGAUCAUUAUGGCUGUAUGGUCGAUCUGCUGGGUCGGGCAGGAUAUCUGGAAGAAGCUUGUAAAUUGAUUCAAGACAUGCCAAUGAAACCUACUCCUAGCAUAUGGGGUGCUCUCUUUGGUUCUUGCAUGAUUCACAAGGCGUAUGAAUUAGGUGAAUGGAUAGGAAGAUAUCUAAUCGAUAUACAGCCUUAUCACAGUGGCAGAUAUACACUCUUGGCGAAUUUGUAUUCUACUUGUAAAAAUUGGGAAGGGGUAGCUCAUGUUAGGAAAAUGAUGAAAGAGAUGGGUGUGGAAAAGACUCGAGGGUGUAGUUGGAUCGAAUUGAACGGGGAAGUGCAUGAGUUUAUUGCCUUUGAUGGUUCACAUGCUAAGUCUGAACAUAUUUACACCAUUUUAGAUAACCUAGUCAGUCAUCUACAACACAUUACCAUUUCUCCGUGUGCUGAUUCAUUACUUCUUGAGAGUAAUGGAACAAUGCAACAUUGUUGAUGAAACAAUGGUUAUCUAACCAUAUAUAUCAUACAAUCACUACUGUACAUUGUUGCAAUGACCACUGUUGGGAGCCAGAUGCAACAGUGCAAUAUUUGUAGAAAUGGGAUAUUUUUUAUCCAACUUUCAUAAGAAACUAGCAAGAUUGAAAAAUAGAACCAACCUUGUUAGUUGGUUGAGGACCUGGUAUGACUAUUUCUGGAGUCAACUCUCGUUUUUGUGCUUGA